UUCGGUGGCUCCAAAGUGCCGGAUUCCCUCUCCCCUGCUCCUCUUCAUCCAUUCUCUCGCGCAUAUAACCUCCCUUGCCAUAUUCUCGCGCGCGCUCUCUCCAGCAUCCCCGCCCGGGCAGGGAAGCACCCGGCAGAGGCGCGCCGCUUUCCUUCCAUGCCUCCCUCUUAAAGAGCGCCACGAGGGGGAGGGGAGGGCCGGAGGAGGAAGAGGAGGAGGAGGAGACCGAGAGGGCGCCCGGGAGGCAGGGCGCGCGCACACACCGAGGGACGCGCGGAGGGUGCGAGCGGCGCAGCGAGCGCAGAGCUGCCUCGGCCGCCGGGCGCCCCCCUGCCGCCCCAUGCUGUGCUCCAUGGCGAACUCGGGCUGCCUCCUGCUGUCUAACUCCGGCAGCAUGCUCCCGCACUCCGUACCCUGCCCGCCCGCCUUCCUCUACCUCCAACAGGGCAGUCAGGACGCCACGGCUCCGCCUGAAGCGAUGGCCCAGCCCUACCCCCCGGCCCAGUACCCGCCUCCGCCACAGAACGGCAUCCCCACCGAGUAUGCCCCGCCCCCUCCGCAUCCCACUGCGGACUACUCGGGCCAGGCCCCAGUCCCCCCGGAGCACAGCAUGACCCUCUACACACCAGCACAGACCCACCCGGAGCAGCCAAGCAGUGAGACCAGCACACAGCCCAUUGCAGGGGCCCAGACAGUGCCGCAGACAGACGAGGCGGCACAGACGGACAGCCAGCCGCUCCACCCCUCCGACCCCUCAGAGAAGCAGCAGCCCAAGCGGCUACACGUCUCCAACAUCCCCUUCCGGUUCAGGGACCCCGACCUACGGCAAAUGUUCGGGCAAUUCGGAAAAAUUUUAGACGUGGAGAUCAUUUUUAACGAGCGGGGCUCCAAGGGUUUUGGGUUUGUAACUUUUGAAACUAGCUCAGAUGCUGACCGAGCCCGGGAGAAGCUGAAUGGGACGAUCGUAGAGGGACGGAAAAUUGAGGUCAAUAACGCCACAGCCCGAGUCAUGACCAACAAGAAGACUGCCAACCCCUACACCAACGGCUGGAAGCUAAACCCGGUGGUAGGGGCAGUCUACGGACCUGAAUUCUAUGCAGUGACGGGGUUCCCCUACCCCACCACCGGCACAGCCGUUGCCUACAGGGGCGCGCACCUACGGGGCCGGGGCCGGGCCGUGUACAAUACGUUUCGGGCUGCACCACCCCCGCCCCCGAUCCCGACUUACGGAGCGGUCGUGUAUCAGGAUGGCUUUUAUGGUGCUGAGAUUUAUGGAGGCUAUGCCGCCUACAGAUACGCUCAGCCAGCAGCAGCCGCAGCCGCCUACAGUGACAGUUACGGCAGAGUGUACGCGGCUGCCGACCCCUACCACCACACCAUCGGCCCCGCGGCGACCUACAGCAUUGGAACCAUGUGAAAGCUUCCACCGUUUCCUUCUUGGACCAUGAAGGGCAAAAACAAAAAAACACAAAAAAAUCACAAAACAAAAAACAAAACAAAAAAAGAUGUUCAGAUCCAAGCAACAAAACAA